AUGUCAAAGAGAAAAUACGAAUCCGAACAAACUAAUGUUAAUAAUAAUGAUCAUGAACCAACUAAUAUUGAAAAUGAUAAUGAACCAACUAAUACUGAAAAUGGUAAUGAACAAACUAAUAGUCAAAAUAAUAACGAACAAACUAAUAUUGAAUUUGAUAACGAACAAACUAAUAGUGAAAAUGAUAACGAUCAAAGUAAUAUUGAAAUUGAUAACGAACAAACUAAUAGUGAAGAUGAUAACACACCUUUAAACAUAUAUGAUCCAAGUAGAUGGAAUAAUAUUAAUACUAACUUAAGAGAUUUAAUCGUAGAAAAGGGUCCUAUUAAGAUUUAUGAUUUUAAAUUUCCAAAAGAUCAACAUUCAAGAAGCUUUAGUACAUCUCUUUAUAUGCAAAAAAUACCAAAUGGAGAAAAAUACGAACGAACAUGGUUGGUUUAUUCCAUAGAUGUAGAUAGAGUUUUUUGUUUUUGUUGUAAAUUAUUUAAUGUGGAUACAUCUACAUGUUCGUUAGCACAUAAAGAAUUUGAUCUUAUUAUGCAAGAACAUAUUAGGAGAAUUAAUGACAAUGAAAUUCAUAAUCAUUAUCUUGGACAUAAUAUGCAAAACGAACUUAUUAGUUUAUUAGGAGAAGAAGUUAAAACUAAAAUUAUUAAAAAAGUAAAAGAUGCUAAAUACUUUUCAAUAAUACUUGAUUGUACUCCUGAUACAAGUCAUAAGGAACAAAUGUCAAUUAUCUUACGAUGUUUAGAUCUUUCAACCACUCCAAUAGAAGUUAAGGAGUACUUUCUAGGAUUUUUAGUUGUAGAUAAUACAACCGGUAAAGGCUUAUAUGAUGCUAUAAUUGAUGAAAUUAAAAAUAUAGGACUAGAUAUAAAUGAUGUUAGGGGUCAAGGUUACGAUAAUGGUUCAAAUAUGAAAGGAAAACAUCAAGGUGUACAGAAACGAUUGUUAGAUAUUAACCCUAGAGCAUUCUACACUCCUUGUAGUUGUCAUAGUUUAAAUUUAGUAAUUUGUGAUAUCGCUAAUUCGUGUGAAAAUGCUAGUGAAUUUUUUGGAGUUAUACAACGUAUAUAUACAAUAUUUGCUUCAUCAACUCAAAGGUGGAAAAUAUUACAAGAUAAUAUAUCAAACCUAACACUUAAAUCAUUAUCGCAAACUCGUUGGGAAAGUAGGGUAGAAAGUGUAAAAGCAAUUAGAUUUCAAGCACCACAAUUAAGAAAAGCACUUUUACAGUUAUCUAAAAAUUGUGGAGAUCCAAAAAUUAAAAGUGAGGCUAAAUUUUUAGCUACAUCUGAACUUGAAAAUUAUGAAUUUUUAUUAGGAAUGAUUAUUUGGUAUGAUGUUUUGUUUGCUAUUAACACUGUUAGUAAAAGUUUGCAAUCAAAUGAUAUGUGUAUCGAUGAUGUUAUAGAUCAACUAAAUGAACUUUUGUGUUUCUUUGAAGAAUAUAGAGAAAACAGAUUUGAAAAGGCUUUAGAUUAUGCAAAAGAAUUGACUUUAGAAAUGAAUGUAAAACCAGAAUUUCGUGAAAAGCGUAUCAUUCAAAGAAAUAGACGAUAUGAUGAAAAUGUUGCUAAUGAAACUAUUAAAACUCCUAUUCAAUCUACAAUGUCACAAGAAAGAUUAAAUGGAUUAGCAAUUUUAUCAAUUGAAAAACAGUUAGUAAAAGAAAUUGAUUAUGAAAAUUUCAUUAAAGAAUUUGCAUCUAAAAAAGCUAGAAAAAUUAACUUUACGUCAUAA